UUUCGGUGUCAAAAUUACAGUCAACCGUGAAGAAAAGCGAAAAAACUGAAAUCAGGCUGUCUUCUGUGUUGGAUUUUUGUUCGGUGUUAGCUAGUGAUUUUAAUCCGUGAAAAUCGUAAAUAAAACUUUAUUAAUCAAUUAAAACGUGUACAAAAUCAUAUAGCCAAAACAAUAAUGGCACCGAAAGCAAACUUCGUUCCGGUUAAACCCAAAGGUCAAGCCUUUAAAGAUAAAUCGAAACCGGCUGAUGUGCGUCUAUCGAAUAUUCAGGCAGCAAAAGCCGUAUCGGAUGCCAUACGCACCAGCUUAGGUCCACGCGGUAUGGACAAAAUGAUUCAAGCCGGCAAUGGUGAAGUAUCGAUCACAAAUGACGGUGCUACCAUUCUAAAACAGAUGAAUGUGCUCCAUCCGGCUGCAAAAAUGUUGGUCGAACUAUCACGUGCUCAAGAUGUAGAGGCCGGUGAUGGCACAACUUCUGUGGUUGUCAUUGCUGGUGCUCUAUUGGAGGCGUGUGAAAAGCUAUUGCACAAGGGUAUCCAUCCCACAGCAAUUUCCGAUUCGUUCCAACGUUGCGCAAACAAAGCUAUUGAAAUUCUUACGGAUAUGUCUACACCAAUCGAGUUGUCCGAUAGAGACACACUCAUUAAGAGCGCAUCCACUUCAUUGAAUUCCAAAGUAGUUUCACAACAGAGCAGUCUAUUGGCUCCUCUCGCUGUAGAUGCUGUCAUCAAAGUGACAGAACCAGGCAAGGAGGGUGCUGUCGAUUUGAAGAAUAUUAAGGUUAUACGCAGUCUUGGUGGCACUGUCGAGGAUACCGAAUUGAUUGAUGGUUUGGUAUUCACUUCGCGUUCGGCCGGUACAAAUGCACCAAAACGCAUUGAGAAAGCAAAGAUCGGUUUAAUACAAUUCUGCAUUUCGGCGCCAAAAACUGAUAUGGAUCACAAUGUUAUCGUGUCCGAUUAUGCUGCUAUGGACCGUGUAUUGAAAGAGGAGCGUGCAUACAUUCUAAAUAUUGUAAAGCAAAUCAAGAAAGCCGGUUGCAACGUACUUUUGGUACAAAAAUCCAUAUUGAGGGAUGCUGUUUCGGAUUUGGCGCAACAUUUCUUGGACAAAAUCAAGUGCCUUGUUGUCAAGGAUGUUGAACGUGAAGAUAUUGAAUUUGUUUGCAAAACACUAAAUUGUCGUCCCAUUGCAUCGUUGGAUCAUUUUGUUGCUGAGAACUUGAUAAACGCCGAUUUGGUCGAGGAAGUGCCAAGUGGUACUACGAAAUUCGUAAAAAUUACCGGCAUACAAAAUCCCGGACGCACAGUAUCCAUUGUGUGUCGUGGUUCCAACAAAUUGGUGCUUGAGGAAGCAGCACGUUCAUUGCAUGAUGCGCUGUGUGUUGUGCGUUGUUUGGUCAAGAAACGUGCACAGAUUGUUGGUGGUGGUGCACCUGAAAUUGAAAUGGCUUUACAGUUGGCCGCCUAUGCACAAACUGUUGAAGGUGUUGACGCUUAUUGCUUCCGUGCAUUUGCCGAUGCUUUAGAGGUUAUACCAUCAACUUUAGCUGAGAAUGCUGGUCUUAAUCCGAUUGCAACGGUAACUGAGUUGCGAAAUCGUCAUGCGCAAGGUGAAAAGAAUGCUGGUAUUAAUGUGCGCAAGGGUGCUAUUACCGAUAUACUGGCCGAGAAUGUAUUACAACCACUGUUGGUCAGUAUUUCAGCAAUUUCAUUGUCUACGGAAACAGUGCGUUCUAUUCUCAAGAUUGAUGAUAUUGUUAACACCAUGUGUUAGAUGAAUAUCUCAAAGAAAUAUUGGAACAAACUUAUGGAUUACUAAGCCAAUACAUUGUGAAGUCUAUUUCUAAACAUUUUUUUUUGUUCGCAUUAAUCAUUAACUUUACUUGAACUUACUACGUAUGUAUGUAUGUUUGUUGGUUGAAGUACCGCAAACCGUACGUUCAAUUUCGAUACUACAUAAACAAACAAAAAUAUACUUGCUGCUUUGAUUAAACUACGUACUAAAA